AUGCUUCGAAAGUCAUUCAUCCUCUCUUGCCUGCUGCUAGUCGCCGUCCCUCUGACCGCCCAGCCAUCGACCGCGGAGCCAAACGUCUCGCCCCCACGUGGCGCGCUGGUGAUCGCAGGCGGGGCGGUUGAGGAUCCGGCGAUUUACCAACGCUUCCUCGAUCGUGCCGGUGGCGCCGACAAGCCAAUCGUCAUCAUCCCGACCGCCGGCGGCGGUGAGUCGUACGAUCAGACUUGGCCGGGACUGAGUCGCUGGCGUCAGGCUGGUGCUACUCGCUUGACCGUGCUCCACACCAAAGACCGCUCGGUCGCCAACGACCUCGAGUUCGUAGCGCCGUUGCGAGAGGCUCGCGGGGUGUGGUUCUCGGGCGGUCGCCAGUGGCGGCUGGCCGACUCCUAUCUCGGCACCCUGGUUCACCGCGAGCUCUGGGGGCUGCUCGACCGCGGCGGGGUGAUCGGCGGCUCUUCGGCCGGCGCUACCAUCCAAGGCUCCUACCUGGCCCGUGGCGACACCCAGACCAACACGAUCAUGAUGGGCGACCACGAAGAAGGCCUGGCGUUCUUGAAGAACGUCGCCAUCGACCAGCACCUGCUCGCCCGCAACCGCCAGUUUGAUCUGCUCGAGAUCGUCCAGGCCCGACCCGAGCUGCUCGGCAUCGGCCUCGACGAGGACACCGCCAUCGUUGUCGAAGACGGACGCUUCGAAGUCAUCGGCCAGAGCUACGUCGCGAUCUACGACGCCGACAGCCAGAUCGACAGUGGAGGGUCGUUUUACUUCCUCGCCCCCGGCGACCACUACGACCUCGUCAACCGCCAGCCCUACCGCCCAAGCCGGCGGUUCGAGCCGCUCGAGCGAGUGGUCAAGCGUGGAUCCGUGGCAGCCGAGCCCUGA